AUGGAAAGUUUCCAGAAGAUUCGAGAUGGAGAAGAACAAGAACUCGCUGCCGAGGACCGGAAGCCGAAGCCGAAGACCACCGACGUCGGCGGCGUCGGUGGCGGAGCAACGGCGGAAGAAGACUGGAAACCGAAGCCGGAGCCCGGUGUCGGCGGCGGCGGUGGCGGAUCAACGGCGGCAGAAGGGCGGAGGGAGAAACCGAAGACCGGCGCUGUCGCCGCGGCGGACAGGGGAGAUUCGUCGGAGGCGAAGAGGCGGCCCCCGAGGAGGCUGCCCCACCUGGAGGUCCCCCAGCCCGAAGACUUCAACACCGAGGCGCUCGAACACCUCUGA